AUGGCACCUCCAAAAAAUUUUGAGGAUUUUAUAUUACCAAGAUCGUCAUUUUUCAUAAGAAUACGUGACUCCAGACUUUUACCUCCUUCAUCCCCACCUUCACCUCCCUUAUAUUUUCGUAACUAUACAUUUCCUCCCGUUGAGAGUAACGACGAUACGAUAGAAACUGUUAGACCUGAAGAUCAUGAUCAUUUAAUUGAUAUUAAUAACGUUUAUUCUGAAACUUCCCAUCAAUUUGCUUUAACAUUAUCACCCACUACCAUGCAUUCCGCGUCAGGAACUUCAAAUCGUUCUACUUCUCGAUAUUCUUUCGCUGUGGAUUAUGAUAUUAACAUUACUGUUACUAAUGAUGAUAACCCUUUUAUCGAAGAUAAUGGUCUUGACGCACCGUUUACAUCUGUACAAUUACAAGAAAGCAACAUUUCAGAGUCACGUGAAACCAAUAGCUCAAGACUUCUUCAGCAUAAUAAUGGCAAUGAAAGAGCUUUAUACACAUCUUUAUCCGCUAUGCAUUCUGAGGGAAAUUCUAGGAAUUCUCCAAGGAAUAAUGAGUAUUGGACAAGAGCAAUCUCCAAUAUGUCAGGGUCAAUGCGAAAAAAUGAACCACAAUAUGAACAGCGAGUCACAGAGAAACAAGUAUCAUGGCUUGGACAACAUCCAAAUGCGUUAACAAGCUUUCAACAACAUUACGAACAAGAUGAUAAACCAGAUUUAUCACAAGAAAGCUCAAAUGUGAUGUUACCAGGAUCUGAAACUUCUCAAUCAAUUACUUCUCAAUCAAUUUAUUCUAAAGAAUUUACACCUGAGCUCUUUCUCUUUAGCAUUUUUGACGCGAUCAUGAAAUAUCUUAAUGCGAAAUACGAGUUACGAUCUUCGUUAAGAAACUCUAUAUAUGUUGUUUUAUUACGUGUACCAAUUCUAAAAAGAUCUUUUGGUGGCUUUAAAGAAACGUGUAUCUUGGCAAAAGAGCUGGUAGCAGAAAUGGCACUUGAAGAAUUGAUAAAACAAAUGCCUCAUGUUGUUUAUAUAGUAUUGAAAUCUAAAGGAUUGGAUGACGUUCUAGAUGUAAGUGAAUUAGAAGAACUUUGUGCGAAUGGAAAUACGAUGACAAUGGAAAACGAGAAUGGUUUGAGAGGUUCACAAAAACAGAUACGUCUGCUGCACAAAGAACAUUGUCAUGAUGAUGUUGAAAUCGAGAAAUUGGAUUGUUCUAUUAAAAGUUCAGAAGAAUGUCCUAUUAAAAGCUCAGAAGAAUGUCCUAUUGAAAGCUCAGAAGAAAAGAGCUCUACGUCGCAAUUUUCAAAAUCCGAAUACAAAAUCUGA